GAGAAGAAGAAAAAGCAGGGAAAAAUAAAAUUAAAAAAUAAUAAUAAUACUAUGUUGUCAAGUAUCCUAAAAUUGCCAACAAUGGUAUGGAGUUCUCCGGCAACGGCGACGACGAUGAAAAAAAGAUAUAUCCAUAUUAUCGAGAACGUGCCGGAUUUCUCGGUGUGGCUUCGCCACAGCUGCUGCGAAUUAUUCGACUGCUGCCGGUCAUAUGGAUCGCGAUGAAGAUAACCGAUUAUCCGAGUUGUCCGGGGCAAUCGGGGCAGAGCUCAUGCCGAAACAUGUGGCCGUAAUUUUGGACGGGCACGAGAGAUGGGCCAAGAAGAGAAACUUGCCGACCCAAAAAGGCCACGAGGCCGGGAUCGAUAAUCUUAAAACAAUUAUACUCACUGCGAGCUCUGAUUUCGGAAUUAAGGUUCUUACUGUUUAUGCUGCCUCUGUCGAAAAUUUUCAACGUCCUCAAGCGGAAGUUAAUCACGUGAUGGGCAUAUGGGAGGAUUUCAUUCGAUCAUAUGUUAUGGAAUUAAUACAUCGAAAUAAUUUGCGGUUCUCGAUCAUUGGCGAUAGACCAAGACUUCCGGAUUCGAUACAAUCUGCAAUAUUGGAGGCCGAGGAAUCGAGCAAGUUCAACAAUGGAAUGCAUUUUGUGAUGGCGCUGAGAUAUAGCGGGCGUCUCGACAUAACCGAAGCGGCCAAGAGAAUUGCAAGAAAUGUCGGGAAAGGAAUAGUGCAACCACAAGAUGUGAGCGAUGAGUUACUACAUCAACACCUAAUGACGAGCUCGAUCCAAGUUCCCGACCCCGAUUUACUCAUAAGAACCAGCGGAGAGAGGAGGCUCAGCAACUUCUUGCUUUGGCAAUUGGCCCAUACAAAAUUCUACUUUGUCGACAAGAUGUUUCCAGAUUUCGACAUGACCGACUUUGCAGAGGCCCUCACGUAUUUUCAAGGUACAAAGAGAUAUUGAUGCAAGAGCUAUAGUUAUGUUCGGAAGAAGAAUUAAGUUGCGGACAAUUAUGAAGAGAUUCGAGUUAAAAAUAUUACUCCCUCCGUCCCUUAAUAAAUAAUUUAUUUUUUAUUUUGGUCUGUCCCAGAAUAAAGUAUCUAUUUCCUUUUUAGUAACUGUACUAUCUACCUAACUUUACAAAUACUCUUCAAUAUAAUUAC